AUGGAAAUCAAGUUAUCCGAGAUCUCCUUCAUCGAACAGUUGAAAGAGUCAGAGUCGUCCUGUGUAUUUCGCGUGCACUGGCAUGACAAAGACUGUGUAAUGAAAGUGUAUCAUGCUUGGGAUCCAUCUCCCGCUGACCCAUCUUUCCGCGAACUCGAUCCGUUCAAAUGCGAAAGCCACGCGUAUCAUCGAUUGAAGAGUGCAGGUCUAUGUGAUCGGGGAUAUGUCCCGAAAUUCUACGGCUUCAUUGAGGACAUAGACCCAGGAGAGUGGGAGCCGCACCUGGAGAGUUUUCGGGGGGAUAAUCUGCGUCCCAAUGCUGUCUUGAUGGAAUACGUACCUGAUAUGCGUACCAUAGAUCUGUCGAACUUUUCACAUGAAAGGAUUCACCAAUUGAGACGAGUUCUUGCUGAAAUGCAUGCCGCUGGUGUUUAUCAUGCUGAUGCGUAUCCGCAGAAUAUGAAGGUUCAGGAGAAUUCGGGGAGAGUCCUUUGGAUCGGGUUUGAUCAUGCCCAGACGUUCUCUACAGAGUCAAUUACGGCGCUUCAACAGAAGUGGUUGGACGAGGAGAUGGAGUUGAUGGAUUAUUUUGUGGGCGCUUUGACGGCCGACUUCAGGGACGGCGAGAUCAAUAGGACGUGGAUGUAUUACAAUGGGAGUGUAUAA